GUUGUUCUUUACUGUCAUUGUCCACGGUGAACUUACGGGCCAAAGUAUGUGAAGAACAAUAGGAAAGAUCUGUCGACACUAUCUCAGAAGUACUCGUCAGCCUCACCAGCCUUCUAAGUUCGGCAACCGUCUCUGUCGAUUGCGCUUAAGGUCAUUACAAAGUCACCCUCGCAGUCAACAUGAGAGUGCUACCUCUCCUUGCUUUGGUUGUCUGCAUUAUAUCUAGACUAUCUGUUUCUGCAGCAUCGAUACCGCAUGUUGGUCGCGAUAAAAUCCAGCCAGUUGGUGCUCUAGAAACAAGACACGAAUCGCCAAACACAACGAUAUCAGGGAGUCAAGCUCCAAGCGGUUCGGCAACGAGCGCAGUAGACCCUGCGACAGCCAGUGUGAACUCCACAACCACUUCUAAUACCACCGCACCGGCGUCAACGACUAUCGUGUCGCUCAACGCAUCGACUCCCCGGGUCACUCCAGCGUUUGGGGUUGGCGGUUUUAUCCUUAUAGCUACGGGAGCCAUUCUUGCACUGAUUGGAAUACGCAAUCUAUGGGUUCAAGUUUUCUUAUCUGCUGCCUUUCUUACGAGCUUAGGAGUCACGGUCUUGAUUGUAUAUGUAAUGAAUCCUCCUGUGCGCGUGGCGGUACAAGGAGCAUAUCUUGUGGCAAUUUUCUUCACAGGCGUGACCUUUGGAGCACUUUCCAUUGUGUUCAAGGAAUUGACCGAAGGGCUUGGAUGCCUUCUGGGAGGAUUCUGUGUCAGCAUGUGGCUUCUUUGCCUGAGGCCGGGAGGACUUCUCACGGACACAAACGCCAAAGCCGGGUUCAUCGGCGCGAUCUCCGUCGCAUUUUACGCUUUGUCAUUCAGUCAUCACACGCGUCCUUAUGGGUUGAUAGUGUCAGCUGCAGUUUCGGGAGGUACGGCUGUUGCGCUGGGAAUCGACUGCUAUAGCCGGGCUGGACUGAAAGAGUUCUGGCUCUAUAUAUGGGGACUCAACGAAGACGUAUUCCCGCUGGGCACUGGAACCUACCCCAUCACUCGCAAUAUCCGGGUAGAGCUGGCCGUCACAGUGAUUGUUGCCAUCUUAGGUGUAGUGUCGCAGCUCAGACUGUGGAAAGUGAUCAGAGAGAAGCGAAGCAAGGAGGAAGCAGCCAAGAAAGAGGAAGAGAAACGGAAAGAAGGGGCCGAAGCUGAAAUUGCCCGCAGGCUCGAGGAGAAUAAUAUGCGAGAAAGACAAGCAUGGGAAGCUCAAUACGCGGUUGUGGAAGCAAAACUCAUGCCGGAGCUUGGAGACGGCACUCAAUGUGCUGCUGAUAAGGAGGAUCUUGAGAAGGGUGACGUGGCCGACCUCAACAGCAUUUCCGGUUCAUCGCAGGUCUCUUAUCGCUGCUCUGACUGUAGAAAACAGGAGGGCAGUGAGGGGUCGUUCUCGGAUGUGACUCAGGCUACGGAUAAUACUGAAGUUGAACGACAUGGAGACACGACUGAGAAGACAACUGGCGGCCCACACCCAAUGCCAUUCAAGGUCUUUGACGGGGCGGCCGCGGCGAGACUGAUGGAUGAUAAGGAAUCUGAUGUGACUGCCAUGGCUGGCUCAGACACCGCGACGGUACGCUCGAAGCGCUUCUCCGGAAUGACACUCUGGAAGAGAGUGUCUAUACAAAGCAGCCUGAGACCUGCACCAUCACAAGAAGCCCUCGCGCAUAUUGAUGACGAGUCGUCGAUGUCUGGAGACAGCGCCGUGGAUGAUAGCAGUGAUAGACGCUCGAGCUCGGAUUGUCAUGGCGUUGAAAUUGAAUCGCGCGAAGAUGAGGUCGAGGCUCGCUCGGAGCCUGAAAUAGCAGUGCAAGAAGCUUUCAUCCCCUCUGAUAGGCGUAAUAGCAACGUGGAAGUUGGAAAAGGCGAAGGAACCGACGGCGAAGAAGAAUGCCUCGUCAUUCAGGAAUCGGUCCUUGUCCAAGAAACAGAUGUUCACGGAGAGGAGGAAGGCUUGCGCAAUGCGGAAGAAAGAGACACUUCUACGGAUGACAAGCUACAGAAGGAAUUGACAUUGGAGGCUCAAGAUGUUGGCCAGAAUGAAAGUCAUCCAUCUGAUGACACAGAGGAAAGUUUGCAAGGACUUGAGCCCCGGCCUGAUAAUCGGCCGGAGAACAAGAAGACAGAGGACGAACAGUCGACAACGCAAGCUGAUGGAGAAUGUGCACCAUUGCCUUCUCGAGCCGAUGCAGUGGCCGAAGAGGUCUCUGCGAGAACACAACGACAGUCUUUAGAUAUCACCAAAGGUUUACAGACAAACGCCCCAGCCGAGACUGCAGACUGCAAUGACAGAAAUUCGGUUGAACAAAAUACGACUAGCCGCUCGGAGGAGCAGAACGCUCAAGUGUCAGGGGACCAUACUAUAUUGAAGACGACGCCGCCCACAGGUGCUGAAUCCGAGUGGCAGCGACCCUCGCCGUCGCAUUCCAAACGAAAGAGUAAAAGGAAAACGGAAAAGCCCAAACUGGACGCCAAAACAGUGAAACAUCUCCCGGAGCGGACAUCGAGGGUAAUCCAGACCUAUCGCACGAAUGAAUGGGCCAAGCAUCUCUGUGAUGCAGAAAUUCCCGAGCCAGAACCUAUCCAGCCUAUUGCAAAGGAAGCAGCGGAAAGUCCUAUAGAGGCUGAAGAGGCUCCUGCUCCUGUCAAUGUCGAUGAGCUGUUGCAAACACCUCUCACUGCGCAGCCACCACCUGCUGCCAAUUUGCGUGCCAGCACGGAAAAAGAACAGCACAGCCUUGACGACGGACAGCAAAUAUCUAACGACCACAGACUGCGCAGAACUUCGCCUAUUAGUCCACAAAGAGUUGGAGAAGCUCAACCUGUGGACAGGUCUUCAGGAGAAUCUUCCACAAUCGUCUUAUCCUCCACCAGCCCUCUCCAUAGCGCGGUGUUCUACGGCGCCGGACAUAAUGCUUCCCCAGGCACAUCCAGCCCACCUAUCCCCGCUGAACAACCUCAGGGGGACCCUGAGCUCACCAAACCGAGUCGGGUUUCGUCUACUUGUCUCAGCCUUGAUCCGUGGGCGUCGCGGAAGAUCCCUAGGCAGUCGAGCCCUAGACAGUCCGUUGCAUUGGAUACUUCGGCCCAAAGUUCCCCGACGACUUCAUUUCCAGAAUCAGGGGAUGACGUCCCUCUCUCUCGUCGCCGUGCAAUGCUGCAUCAACAUAAAGUCCAGAGCCCGCAUACGGGCAUGCCAGUCUCUGCGCCGAAAUGGAGUCAAACGAGCGUAUCGAGACCCGGAAAUGCUCAAGCAGUCAUGGCCGCGUGGCGAGAAUCUAUUCGCGAAAACUUGAAUGACAAACGCAAUCCCUUGGCGAAACAGGAUCUACCAAUCGGUGCGACAGGCUUUGGCCCUCACACUUCGUUUCCUUUUGGGGCACCAGGGCGAAAUUCCUCCUCCCUGCAAGUCAACCUCGACAGGGCAAUAGCCGAGGGGAUGCAGCGCGGGGAUAUGAGUGACUUGCAUCGGGAAGCCCUGCGACGCAUGCAAGCCAGGGCGAAUCAAAGCAUGAAUGGGCGGUAACACAGCACUUUCACACAGAUAGACCGAUAGAGUUGAUCCCGGAGUAUUACGCCCUUGGCUACUCCGUACAGACGCGCAGUCCAGACCUGAUGUUUCAGCUUUACACAUGUUUUACGGGAACAAGUUUGAUGUCUGUGGUAAAU